CUAAGUGCAUGUGCAGGCUGCAGGAGUGGAGAGAUGUGACUUUCACCCUUUCCCUUGCAGGGUGUGUGCUCUCUGCCUCAGCUUUCCGAUUGACAUGGUGGAUUUGUAAAUUAAAAGGAAGACAAGUGCCACGGUCACGAGUGAGUCCAACAUGGGAUUACGCAUUGGCACGCCGCUUUACGCAUUCGCCUGCGUCUAUUUAUUUGUCUUCACCCUCCGAGGUGCGCGUUGUCAGAGGCACCCGGCGGCCCCCCAAGGGAAUAACCCAGGAGCUCUCCGGCAGACGCUGCAGUGGUCUCACAAUGGCAACAUUUUCAGCAUUUUAAGUCAGGGCGCCGAGUACCAGCCGGCCAGGCGCCGCGGCGCACCGCAGGAGCGAGUGCAGCAGCAGGCACCAAUCACCAUCAUCAGCGACGCCCAGCAGCGGGCGCCGGACGCCCAGCAGCAGCAGCAGGCCCCCGCUGCCCGGUCCGGCUCCGAGGCGCUCCCGCCUGCCCUCCAGCGACUGCUCAGGAGCCGAGAGCACCACCAGGUCCAGGACCACCUGAGCCAGUCCAGCAAUGACACCCAGGCCAAGGUGACCGUCAGUCCGCCUCAGCCCCGGAGGGAGGACGUGAUGGUCGCCGACGAUCCCUACGACCCUUCCAAGUCCUACGAUAUGGACCCCGACAACCCCUAUUACAACCACUAUGACGUGUACGAGAGGCCCAGGUCGAGAUCGUCCAGACCUGGAUAUGGCACAAGGUACCAUCAGUACGGUCUACCAGACUUGGUGCUUGACCCAUACUACAUCCAGACCGCAGCUUACGUGCAGAGCACACCAAUGUACAACCUCCGAUGUGCAGCGGAGGAGAACUGUUUGUCAAGCUCAGCCUACUCGGCCCGAGACUACGACACCCGAAUGCUGCUGCGCUUCCCCCAGAGGGUCAAGAACCAGGGUACGGCCGACUUCCGGCCCAGCAGACCGCGCUACGCCUGGGAAUGGCACAGCUGCCACCAGCACUAUCACAGCAUGGACGAGUUCAGUCGCUACGAGCUGUUGGACUCGGCCACUCAGCGGUCAGUCGCAGAAGGCCACAAAGUCAGCUUCUGCCUGGAGGACACGUCCUGUGACUACGGCUACUACAGGCGCUAUGCUUGUACCUCACACACUCAGGGUCUGAGUCCAGGAUGUUACGACACCUACAACGCAGACAUCGACUGCCAGUGGAUAGACAUCACGGACGUGAAACCGGGGAAUUACGUCCUCAAGGUCAGCGUGAAUCCUUUCUAUCAGGUCCCAGAAGAAGACUACAGCAACAACAUCGUGCGCUGUGACGUCCGCUACACGGGCAACUAUGCUUACUUGUCUGGUUGUCACAUGGCAACGUAUUGAUGGAGGCAAACUGUUUACAGCAUCUCAACUGUGUGGCUGACAUUGAGGAGGACUGCAUCUGAACGCAUUUACAGCACAAGCGAGCCAUUCUUUAACACAGUAUGAAAUGUUGGAGUAUUCAUAGUUUAUAUGGACGUAAAUAGAAAUGAUUUUCAUUGCAUGCCCUGUCCCUUGAAUAAUGGUUUUCUUAAGAUUUGGAUGUUAUUUUUCGUUCCUUUCUUCCCGUGUGUGUUUUUUUUUGUCUCCUUAACUUCAGACAGUCUUAUUUUAUAUUUUAUUUUUUACAUUUCCAUUGUUCUCUUCUUCCCUAUAAAGCAUCGUAAAUAAUAAAAACCAUUAAAAUCUUCGAAAUGACAAUUGAUUACAGCAUAAUACAAUAACGCAUUACUUUUAAACCACAAUAAAAGUAUACCAGAUG